UUGUCUUUUUUUUUUCUCUUCCAAUGUUAGCAAGAAGGCUCGUUGUGUGCUCAGCACUGUCUGAAUAAUUUGCUACAAGGGGAAUAUUUUAGUCCUGUUGAGUUAUCUUCUAUUGCACAGCAGUUGGAUGAGGAAGAAAGAAUGAGAAUGGCAGAGGGAGGAGUGUCUAGUGAAGAAUAUAGAACAUUUUUACAGCAGCCUUCUGUAAAUAUGGAUGAUAGUGGAUUCUUCUCAAUUCAAGUCAUAAGCAAUGCCUUGAAAGUUUGGGGUUUAGAAUUAAUCCUCUUCAACAGCCCAGAGUAUCAGAGGCUUGGGAUCGACCCUAUAAAUGAAAAAUCAUUUAUUUGUAAUUAUAAGGAACACUGGUUUACAGUUCGAAAGAUAGGAAAACAGUGGUUUAACUUGAACUCUCUCUUGAUGGGUCCAGAACUAAUAUCAGAUACAUAUCUUGCACUUUUCUUGGCUCAAUUACAACAGGAAGGUUAUUCCAUAUUUGUAGUAAAAGGUGACCUGCCAGACUGUGAGGCUGAUCAGCUAUUGCAGAUGAUUCGGGUACAGCAGAUGCAGCGACCAAAACUAAUUGGAGAAGAGACAGCACAGUCAAGAGAUCAGAGGCUACUCAGAAGUGAUGUGGACCAAGCAAUAGAAGUCAACCACCCUUUUGAUGGAACAGGCAUGUUAGAUGAAGAUGAAGAGAAUUUUCAGAGAGCCCUGGCUCUAAGUAGGCAAGAAAUUGAUAUGGAAGAUGAAGAAGCUGAUCUUCGCAGAGCCAUUCAACUCAGCAUGCAAGGUAGUCGUCGAAGUGGGUUCUCGGACUCAUUACCACAGAAUGUUGCUCAGUCGCCUCACACCAGUCAGACAGACUGCCUUUCUUCAGAAGAACUGCGAAAGAGAAGACAAGCAUAUUUUGAAAAGCAGCAACAACAGCUACAGCAGCAAGAUCAGACCCCAAACUUACACGAUAAGCCAACUCUAAGCUCAAGCACUCUGGAAGCUGACCCGGGAGGUGAUAUGAGUGAAGAAGAUAUGCUUCAAGCAGCCAUGAAUAUGUCUCUCGAGUCUGUUAGAAACCACUUGAAUACAGAAGAGGAGAAAUGACAACAUUUUGUCAAAACUUAUUGUCAAAACACUAAGUCUCCAUUAUAAUUUUACUGUGUGGAUGUUGCACAAGCAGGGUUCAUUUCAGAGUUCUGGAAGCAGGAACAAAAGGGGGGCUGGAGGUCAGAGCUUAGAGGGAAUCUGCAAAUUGAAAAAGGAUUGCACUAAUUUAGGAAACUGUAGCACUCCUACUACAGAACAUCUGUUCACAAGAGUAGCUGUAUUAAAAUUACUUAAACUAUUCACAUGAACAAAGUUAGACACAUGUAGUGGCCAUAACUUGCAUUGAAAAAGCAAGUUUAAAUUGUUUUGAAGAAUUCUAUAGAAAAUACAAAAAGUGCCGAAACCCAGCAUCAACUGAUUUCCUUUAAUACUAAUGGAAAAAUAAAUACAAGUAAUAAGUUGUGCUCAUAAAUGCCUAAGUUUUACCAUUUUAAGUGAUUUCUUGUAAAGAAGAAUUAAAUUCUGUUUAUCUUAGAUAAUUUAUUUUGUGAUUGUUUAUUCUGAAUGACUUAAUGUCAACUUUUCGAUCCUGCUGUCCGCUUUUGAAAUGACCUGUUCUGCAGGAGAAACAUGCAUCUAUAAAUUUCAUGCUUGUGAUUCCAGAGAGAAUCUUCAGUGUGUUGUUGAUUAUGACAUUACUCCUGAAUCUUUCAGUGACUUCUGACCUAACACUUUCUGAUUUUCCUUUCAGUUCCAACUGUAGAAUUUUCAGAUCCAUGUUUAAAGUAGGAGUUUUGCAUUGCCCUGUUGUCUCUUGGCAGAUAAUUUCCCUUCUUUAGUUUUUUGUUUGGUUUUGUUUUCUUAUGCUCUUUCUAGUUAUGCCACUGUCUUUAAUAUAAAAGUAGUGUAUAAUCAGUUGGGUUAAGCAGGUUUUCUUUUCUACCUCUUCUGGAGUAUUUUUUUUUUUUCCUCUUCAAGCUCAGCCCUUCAUUCUGGCCUUUCAGUAUGAAAGAUCUGUAACUGAGUCUAGGAGAAAGGAGGAGGGGAUUUAGGUGCCAUAAAGUCAGUGCCACACACAUAAGAU